GUAGGCAGCUGAAAAUGUUCAGCUACAGUUGUGCUCUAAGACUCCGAGUGGAUACCUUCGAGAAGAAGCUUCUGCAGAACAAACCAGUUGGAAAAUAUUCAUAGAAUUUUCUCUCGAAGAUCAACAAUAAAAAAAAACAAAAAAAAAAACCGUCAGCAUGCCGGUGUCCAGGAUGAGGAUGAGGCCAUGGCUGGAGCAGAUGAUCGAGUCCAAAUCAAUCUCUGGUCUGAAUUGGGUGGACCAGGAGAAGACACUGUUUUCCAUUCCCUGGAAGCAUGCAGCUCGACAUGGCUGGGAGCUGGACAAAGAUGCCUGUUUGUUCAAACAGUGGGCCAUCCACACAGGAAAAUACGUGGAGGGCCAGACUUCUGCAGACCCCAAGACAUGGAAAGCUAACUUCCGCUGUGCAAUGAACUCCCUACCAGAUAUUGAAGAGGUCAAAGACAAGAGCAUCAAUAAAGGACACCAUGCUGUGCGCAUCUACAAGAUGUUGCCGGCACACCCGAAACCCCGAGAUAAACGCAGCAAAGCAAAGGACUCAAAUGCCAGGAGGAAGAGCUCUCGGGUCAAGUGUGAGGAUGCGGACUACAGCAAUACUGAGUCUCCUGUGAAUCAACAGCUGAUGGACAACACGCCCUCCCCACAAGAGAACACAGUCGACAGUACCAUGACCAUGGAGCUCCCGAGUGAGGGAGAUGACUCAAUCCCACUGCAGAGUGACUUCUCCCGGAUAUUUGAGGUUUCGCCCCUCCAUAGCACUGAUUACAACUACUCCGACGACAUCAUGCAGAUUUACCAGCAAAUGGAGAAAGACUCAUACUGGCUUACAAGCAGUUCAGACGGCAAGGGGUUCCUGAGCAAUGAAGCAUGCACUAGUCCAGGCAGCCAGUGGAGCGAAGUGUCUUCAGCUGAUGAAGUAGACGAUCUACAGUACACGGUUUUGGGUGGAGAAUUUUCAACGCUGACAGACGUCUUCUGGGACAACUUUACUCAGAUGGUUCCCAUGAUCUGAGGAUGGGGACAUAAAGGGACAGUCCCACAUGUUGGUCAUGAACUGCAAACAGAUUUUGGGUUGAACCUCAUUGACACUCAGACUUCCUGUCAUCCCUCCAUCUCAUUGAGGUGGAGCUCGGCGCUCCGCCAUCGUAGCUCGAGCCAUGGCGUGGUACUUGGAGGCGUUCACCUUCCUCAACCUUCGUGAAGCUAUGAAGCAAAGUAGUGAAGUGCACUGUCAGAGAGAUGGAACUGACAUGCUGCCAGGUAGUUCUGGUUUUGGCUGGUUCCAGGCAUGUGUUGUUUCAUUCAUUUUUGUUUAUAUUGUAUUAUACUACAAACUCUUAUUUUAUGUAUAAUUUUUUGUACAUAUAAAAUAGCUGUGUGGCUCUGAUUACACAGUUCAUGUGGGAUUAACUUCAUUUCAUGGGCAGUUUCAAGAAAAUAUCACUUUGAUGGCUAAUUACACUUUGCUAUCGUACAUUUUCCAUAGUUUUUUUUUCCAGGUGAAAGCUGUUCUUCAAAAGCUUCAGUUUGAAUCUCACUCUUAUUGU